GCCUCAUCGCGCCAUCUGAUUGAUCGACCUAGUGCGACUCUCCAACUACCUUACUUCAUUAUACAGCUGGAAGCUUUGACUCUCCAGCCGUUGACUGGUUUGUCAAACGAUAAUUCAGAGCCUGUUCUACUGCCCCUGGAGGGUAGCGGGCGAGGGUGUACCAUCCGUCCCGCAGGGGUACAUUUGCCGGAGUCUAUACUAGCUCUAUUACCUUUACAAGCAGCUGCUUGUGACAGCUUUGGAAUUAACCUAUCCAUAUUACUUAGCGCGUUGCGAUACCUGCGAGCGUCGAAAACACGGUCGUCAUGACGUCUACCGCUCCGACAAACCAACAACAUCCCCCAUCCGGACCAUCAAGCGAAUUCUCUGGUAAUCAACCACCCGCUUCAUCCGGCGCAGACCAGAGUACACACAUUUCAACGAGUGGAUAUGCGCCGAGCGAGAAUCAGCUUGCUGGCUUGGUAGAGGCCGCUACAGCUGCGGCCGGCCAAGACGUGUCGGAGUGGGCAGCGGCAGCAGCAGUCGCCGCAGCAGCUGGCGCCGCAGGGAAUCAACAUCAUCUGGACGGGUACGCGCCUGACAUUCAAUUGGACGAGGAUGGCUUUGACGAGGGAGGCUAUGCGGGCAUGACUGGCGCCCGACAUUAUCGUGGACCUGGUUCAACGUCUGGCAAUGAGCACGGUCAAUCCUCGGGUUUGGCUCGAUCGGGGACGAAGAAGAGAAAGAGAAACGAGGAUGCUCUUGAUCCGGCUUUGGCUGCCGCAAGCGCGAGUCUCGGCCAGCAUCACGGUCAACCGCAACAUCAGAAUCAAAGUCAACACCACGUCCACCAUGCAAGCCCGUACCCAGGGGAGGGACUGGAAAUUCGCAAUACUCCGCCGCAAACGCUUGCGGAUGCCCGCGCCGUUGGACUGCACUCCGCUGCAGCACUAUUCCGUCAAACCUCAACCAACAAGAAGUAUACUAGGCCUCCCAUGUCGAAGAUGUUCACUUCUCUGGAGCUAUCGCCGGAAAAUUUUCUACAUUUACAAGCUGCGGCUAAAGCAUACAUGCUAGAUGAUAGGCAUCCGGAGCGCCGUGACUGCGUAGGCCAGCGCGGGAAAGGAGAUACAGAGAUGGUCAAAUUACGGUUAUGGAACUGUGUCCGUCACUUCCUCGAGGUCGAGGGCAAUGGCCCGCGAUUCUUCGGUGAACAUGUGGUCAACGAGGGUAUGCCUCCUCGGACAUACGUCUGGCCAAGGGACCAACAGAAAAUCAUCUCACUCGUUAUUCCGUUGUUGAGGCGCAUGGUCACAAACGAACGACAACGACAAUACGCUGUCGAAACCAGGAAAGGUGGCGUGGAGGCACGAAGAAGGCGAAAAACAGAAGAUAGUAUCCAAGACUUCCGCAGUGCGAGUCCACCCAAGUUCUCAUCCGAGGACCACCUUCAGAUGCAGGCGGAUCAUCAGCUUCCCGAUGGAUAUAGCUCAACUCAACACCCUCUAUCAGCGUCUGCCCCGCCACCACCUCACAGUGAACCAUCUGUGCAGGUCACAGAACUGGGCCUUACUGAUCUUAUCCUGGAUGGUUAUAGUACAGACUUGGAUUCUAUUUCAAAGUCGUAUGAUUCGUACAACCAUAACUAUGAACUUGAUAACCUAUGGUCUCUCUCGGGCCUACAUUUAGGCGAUUGGCGCGGUCUUGUGGCUGCAGUUGAUAGCCACUAUCAGAUUCUUCACGAGGGAGACUAUAAUUGCAGCGGUUGUUGUGAAGACGGCAACAUAGGACGCAUUCUCAAUUCGACUAGCACCGCAGAUCUACGAUGGCGUAUUGGCGGCGACCCUGCCAGGAAUGAGUUCGCAAGUAGCAUCACCCGCGACGUCUCACGGGUUAUCCGCGACAAUCUAGCAGCUAGGCAAGGCGCUCAAAACCACACAUCACUGCCCCAAACCCAGCCUAUCCCACCGCCCCUUCCCUUUUCUCAUUCAUCCGACCUUUCAAACCCCAAUCCCCCUCCCGCCCAAUCGCCUCUCCGCCUCCGCAUCAACAUUCUGCAAAACGGGAAGCGCAUCCUCCCUUCCUAUGACCUUCCCGCUACUCAGGGUCCAGACGUCACAACCGUGCGCCAGCUCGUAGCGCGCAAAUUCGCCGGUGAACUUCCUGGUAUCCCUUCAGACCUGAAUUCGGACUCCAACACCUGGAACGCAUCCAUAAGCUGGAAAUUUAAAGUUUGGCUACCGGAGGGGCUUGUUCUCAUUGAGAAUGAUGGCGAUUGGACGCUGGCGCUCCUUGCCGCGGAGAAGGUGGACUGGCUUGAUGGCGAGCUGAAGGUUCUUGUUGAAAUUGAGGAUGAGAAUCAGUAGCAAGCAAGGCUUGGGUUUCUCUGUUACUUAUUCAUCACCCAUCUUUAUAUACCCACAAUUAUACCCAUUUA